AGGGCAUGCGCAGUUUGGCAUUUAUAGCAAAUCUCCAACACUUCCAUGCCAAAGCAGAAAACAGCAGUAGUAACACUUCGCUAGAUCCUCUAUUAUCUCCAAAUAGGAACAGCAAUGACGACCACCAAAACCUACAACGUCAUUGUCGUCGGCUAUCAGGGGCAAGGGAAAUCUGCAACUGUAAUGAAACUAUCCGGGGACCCUAAUUAUAAAGGAAAAGAUGGCAAAAUUACACGCAAGACUUUCAGGCUCAAGGAACCGAGCUCGUGGACUGUUCAUGUUGUGGACACACCUGGUUUAGGAUCCCUGGCCACAUCAGACCAUAAGAUACUGGACAGAAUAUAUAACGAAGCCAGGUGUCUGCAGCACGUGGACGCAAUAUUGAUUGUGUUUAAAACGGACCGAAUUAAAAACACUCAAAUAAAAGCAGUAGAUCAGUUCUGCAAAAUUUUCGGAGACAAUUUUCUUCAAAAAAGCAUCAUUGUCCUCACAUUUGCUGAUGCCGUAAAACAGAAAAACACUUCCAUCGGAGAAUUUUUAGCCAAUUCGCCAGAGACAUUUCAGAGCCUUUAUAAAAAAUGCGGUGAACGAAUAUGGUGUGUAGAAAACAGUGACUGGGAAGACCGAGAAGAGAACCAAGAAGAGUUAAUAGAGCUGAUAAAAUCUGUUGAAACGGUGCCGUAUAAAAUCCCCGGUGCUGGAAGGGUGAUUUGCUGUGGAAAAAGUGCUGUGUGCAUUGCUGUCACUGUUGCUAUCGUUGGUGCUGUUGUCAUCGCUGUUGCCGUCGCGGUUGGCGUUGCUGUCACCAAUAGUUAAAUACUUAUACUGGUCAAAAGCUACUGAACUGAUCCAUGCAGAAGAGCAGUAUUUACUUUCACUUCAGCAAUCAGGGCAUAUUCUAAAUAGCGACAUUGAAAUAACCGCUGUGGUUCCGUAGUUGUCAUAUGUUCCUAAAUGACGUUCAUGAUCCUUUUUUUUAAUGGGCAUUUUUCAACGACUUUGAUUGCUCCCGGAUCUGACUCAAUAUGCAAGGUACUGUGGGUUAAAGUGGAGACGGUUUAAAGGUCUGAUUUGGUUAGUUUUUAAAUAUUUGGAGAACCUACGACAUCUUCAUAACUAGUUCAGUUUUUCAAGCUUCGUUGUCGUCACUACAUUGAAAUAUAUGUAAGCCAGGGCUUCAUAAGUUGAAUGCAUGAUAAUCUAGAAAAAAAAAA